CAGUAGCAGACAGACUGACUGACUCUGGCUGCAGAAUUGAGUGGAAGUGCAUUUUCCCUGGUAAUUGCUGGAUAUUGGAGUAUUUCAUCUAACAUGAAGGUGCUGGGGAUUUUUCUGUUGCUGCAAGUUUCAGGGUUUUUUUCCAGUUUUUCCAGCCCAUCCCCUCCCGUCCAUUGCCGCUGGAAUUCUUUUGGCCCUUGGUCUGAGUGUGACGGCUGUACUCAAAAACAGAUUCGGAGACGAACGGUAGCAGUUUAUGGCCAGUAUGGGGGAAACUCCUGCUCUGGGGAUGCCUUUGAAACAAGACCAUGCACGCCCACAAUGGGAUGCCCAACAGAGGAUGGCUGUGGUGAUCGGUUCAGGUGUUUCUCAGGUCAGUGCAUUAGCAGAUCUCUUGUGUGCAAUGGAGAUCAGGAUUGUGAGGAAGAUGGUGCAGAUGAAGAUCGAUGUGAAGAGAAGAUGACUGUAUGUGAUAUUGAUAAAACACCUCCGAAUUCAGAACUUACAGGAACAGG